AUGAGUUAUUUUUCUUAUGAUCAAAAUUUACAACAACAAACACAUACACCUCUCUUAGAGACUACGUUUUCUAAUUUGUCAUUCCGUGAUGCUAGGGGGACGCCAGCAUCAUCAUCUGUUCAACAAAUGGAUCAAAGGAAUUCUGCUAGUGCAUCAAUGAAUAUGAACAUGGCUCCUGGCCAACAAACUCCAAUUGCUAGAAGGUAUAAUUCAUCUAGUUUUGUGAAUAGUAAUGCUAAUAAUGGAUUUAAUAUGCCUAUGCAAUUAAACAAUUUCAAUAAUUAUUCUAAUGAUCCUUGUAAGAAUAACGGUAUUGUUUCAAAUAAUAGUGUCAAUAAUACCUCGACUAAUACCGCUAAUAAUACUAAUAACAGUAAUACUGCAGAAAAUAAUAACAAUAAUAAUAACAAUAAUGCACAUACUUCUGGGUUUGAUACGGCUACAUCAACAGCCGGAAGAAGUAUAAUGGAUUCUUCAAGAGUAGUUAAUGGUAGUUUCAACACUACGGUGGAUAGUUCAUUCAGUAGUGGAUAUAGUGAUUUGAAUAAUAAUCCAAAUAUGGGCAAAAAUGCUAUUGAUUAUAUCAAUACUAAAAAUGGUAAUAUGAUUGACCCUAGUAGUAAAAAUAUUCUUAAUGAAUCCCUUGAAGAGAAUAGAAGUUCUGGUGAGAUAAUGACUAAUCAUAAUUUGAAAUUACAAAUUGGUAUUAAAGAUACUCAAAUUCAUAUCAUUGAAGGAGAAAUUGAAAAAUUGAAGAACAAAUUAAUUCAUGAACAGCAUAAUAAUCCUAAUAAAGCGCAUAUACAACACCACCAACAACAACAACAUCCAGAUUCAGAUGAUGUAUCAUUAAAAGUUCCACAAAAUAUCGUUGCUAUAUUUAGAAAAUUUUCUGAAGUAUUACAAAGAAAAGAAAGAGAAUUAGGAGACUCCAAGCAUAAACUAGAAAGUAUUUUAACUUCAUUAGCUUUAAAUCUAAGUAAUUCUGUUACUGCACAUGGUAGAUAUGAUGCAGAAGCAUUAGCUCAUAGAAUGAUAGUAAGAAUUGAAACUCUAAAACGAGAAAAUAAGGAAUUUGCCAAAAUGUUGGCAUAUGGUAGGUCUAAGGAAGUAUUGAUUGAAUUACAAUUGAUGAAAAGAGAAAAUGAAGAAUUAAAGAAGACUUUAAAAGAAUUACAAGAAUUGAAAAAUGAAAAUAAGAACCGUGUUACAGAAGAUUCUAAUUUGGAACAUAAAAAAGUUAAUGUAGAAACCCAACAAGAUUUAGACCAAAUAGAGCUUGAUAAAACCGAAUCCAAAGUUGCUGUUGCCAAAUAA